AUGGACGAUUUCAAUGCCUAUCGAGCCAUGUGUGCUAAUCGUUUACGGCGUCUGGAACGCUACAGAAAAGCCCGAAGCUUUUGCAAUAUUGAUGAUGAAAAUCCGAGUUCAGCCUCGGAGCACUUUUUUACCACCGGCACCUCUCGCGGUUCGGGAUCAGCUGCCUUUGAGGUGAUACGGGAGAAAAUGCUAUCACUUAUGGAAAAUGAUAUGUCACUCCUACAGCAGUUACUAACGUUGGGCGACCAGAUUACUGAAAUGAAAAAGUUGAAGGAACAAAGUUUAAGGAAAAGUCAAAGCCAUACAAGUCUUGGAGAUGAAUAUGACUCAGAGGUAAGCUUACAGGAUCAAUUUGAUGAUGAAUUCUCUCCGUCUAUGUCAGCUGUGACAACGUUGAAAAUCGGUGAAACCGAGCCACAGUACUUCUCUAGGCAAAACAGCGUACUAAGAAUUCCUAUCCCACCACGAAGUAGUAAUCGUUUUGGACAUCGGAAAAUCCCACGACGUCCAUCGGAAAUGAUGAGAACGGCACCUUCAUUUGCACAUUACACCGCUUCGGCAACGGUGCAUUCUGAUGAUGUAGUCGAAGCCGUCGUAGCUUCAGCUAAAGCAGUCGAAUGUUGUCCAAUAGAUCCGACUUAUAUGACCACAAAAAAUCGUUCGUCGAAUUCCUCCAUCGAUUCAGGAAUCAGAGAAUCAAGCUCUUCAGAAUCGCCAUCACCAACAUUUGGUAAAGAAGUUGUGUGA